UAUGGCUUCCAUUUCACUUCUCUUCUUCAUCUCCUUCCAACUUCUUUGUUCCAUCUCUCGAGCUGUUGUACCUGCUUCAGACACAUUCACUUACGUAAACGAAGGUGAAUUCGGAGAAUAUAUAGUCGAGUACGAUGCCAAUUAUCGAGCUCUUUCCCCUUUUAGUAACCCUUUCCAACUUUGUUUCUAUAACACCACCCCUAAUGCAUUCACUCUAGCUCUACGUAUGGGUACUGUCCGAUCCGAAUCCCUCAUGCGUUGGGUUUGGGAAGCUAACCGUGGCAACCCAGUUCGUGAAAACGCCACCCUCACCUUCGGCACCGACGGAAACCUGGUUCUGGCUGAUGCCGACGGCAAGGUUGCAUGGCAGACUAACACCGCCAACAAGGGUGUCGUUGGUUUUCAGCUGCUUCCAACUGGUAACAUGGUUCUUCAUGAUGGGAAGGGUAAUUUCAUAUGGCAAAGUUUUGAUUCACCAACCGACACUCUYUUGGUGGGUCAAUAUCUCCGAGCCGGUGGUCCAAGUAAGCUUGUGAGUCGGAGUUCGGAGGUGAACAACGUCGAUGGAGCAUACAGCUUGGUGAUGRAGCCCAAAGGGUUAGCCAUGUAUUAYAAGAGCCCKAACKCGSCUCGUCCAAUGSUGUAYUGGACAUCUWCCGAAUGGUUCACCAUUGAUAAGGGUAGUUUAACCAAUUURACUCUCACUUCCGAGCCAGAUACYGAUGAGGGUUUUCUKUAUUACUUGACRUUUCAGUACUUUAUGACAAACCCAUCAUCCAAUUCAAAUCGAAACAUGGCGUUUUCRCGAUACAAUAACACCUUAUCGUACCUMCGAUUGGGGAUAGAUGGAAACCUUAGAUUCUUGACGUWUAACCCYAACGUGSAAGGUGUUUCUUGGGAAGUUAUAUACACGUUUUUCGAUAGGCGUUCYAUGGAAGGCGAGUGCCAGUUACCGGAAAGAUGUGGGAAGUUUGGUSUYUGUGAGGAUAGCCAGUGUGUGGCUUGCCCAACACCAAAUGGGCUAAGUGGGUGGAGUAAAGAUUGCGAKUCSMAAAAGGUGACAUCUUGCAAGAGUGGUGAGUUUGGGUACUAUAAGCUCGAAGGRGUUGACCAUUUUAUGAUCAAGUACACGAGGGGAGAUGGGCCAACGAAGCAAACCGACUGCGAGACCAAAUGCAGCAAGGAUUGUAAGUGUAUGGGGUAUUUCUAUCAUACGGAUCGAUCAAGGUGUUGGAUCGCGUACGAUUUGAAAACAUUAACAAGAGUUGGGAACUCGACGAAUUUGGCCUACAUCAAAACAUCCAAAAAGUAUUAGACAUGUGGAUUUAUUGUUAUGAGGAUGGUGUUGUGUUUGAUGUGAUUUGUAAUAAGUAUCUAUCAAUCUGUGAAAGAUAUGAUGAGAUUUGGAUAAUUGUAUUUUAAAAUAAUUAUAAAAUGAUUUAUAAUCGAAAUCCAGGAAAUGAAAGC